GUGCCGCAAGCCGGGAGCGCCCACGACCCGCGCUAUGGGCUCGGACAUCUGGGUUGGCCCCUGGCGGCCACACAGGCCCCGCGGCCCCAUCUCGGCGCACUUCAGAGGCCCCGGGCCCAAAUACAAGCUGCCACCGAACACCGGCUACAUCCUGCACGACCCAUCGCGCCCCCGCGCCCCCGCCUUCACCUUCGGCGCGCCCCUCCCUACGCAGCAGACGACGUGCGGCCCCGGCCCGAGCCACCUGGUGCCCGCCCACAUGACCGUGCGCGGCCGGGUCGGCACCCCCGCCUACUCCAUCCUUGGCCGCCUGCGCCACUCAGCGCCUUUCCUCACUCCCGGACCGGGUCAGGACCCUGGGACCCUGGUCACCCCCACGCGGAGCUGCCUCCAGGGAGGCCCACCGGGGAAUCCCGCACCCGAACCCCGAGCUCCCCUCGGGUGCCCUACGGCCCCAUGUUCGGCAGCCCCAUAUCCGGAUCUCAAAACCCAGAAUCCCGAUCCCCACUGGGCCUUGACAAAUCGUGGCUUCAAUUCCCCCAGCCCCACGACCCCAUCACCGGUUCCCACCAGGCCCCCCACCCGUUCCCGCCCACACCCUUGCUUCCCCCACAGGCAGGUACUUCCCGGAGCGAGCUGGGAACGCGACGUACCCCAGCGCGCCUCGGCACACCAUCGCUCCCCGAAACUGGGGUAUCCACGCGGAGCACCAGACCCCAGGUCCUGGGUCCUACACUGUGCCCUCGCUCCUGGGCCCGCGCGUCAUCGGCAAAGUCUCCGCCCCAACGUACUCCAUCUACGGCCGCAGCACAGUGGGCAGCUGCUUCGAGGACCUCAGCAAGACCCCGGGCCCCUGCGCCUACCAUCAGGUGAACCCUGGGGUCUACAAGUCCCGGGCCCCCCAGUUCACGAUGCUACCGCGGACUUCAACUCCCCAAGACAACACUCUGAACCCAGGGCCCGCAGCCUACAACGUGGACCAGCACCGGAAGCCUCGUGGCUGGACCUUCGGAAUCCGGCACUCAGACUACCUGGCCAGGAUGGUGACCAACGAGGACAACUGACUGACGGUGGCCAACGUGGACAGCUGGCUGACCGGCCGGGCGGGCGCGGCCCCACAACUGUUUGGUUAAAGUUUCUGAGCCAGCGUCGUGUCCGCCUGUCUCUGUUCGCGCCCACUCGGCCGGGGUCCCGGCAAGGCUAGGGGCGGGGCCGAGCGUCGGAGAGUCAGAACUUUGGAACCCCUGCGAGGGCGGGGCCGGGGCCAGAGGGUCUGGGCGGUGUCCGACCGUCGAACCCCCCCGGAGGGUGGGAAGGGUACAUUCUGGGCCCACAGAUUCCGGAGACCCCCGCAAGCUGGACGGAAUGGGCCGGUGAUCCCACCCGCCGCCUCUUUGGGCCCUCGAAUUCCCGGAAGUCCUGCACCCCCCAGCCUCUUUGGAGAAAGUCCUGCACCCCCCAGCCUCUUUGGAGGAAGUCCUGCACCCCCCCAGCCUCUUUGGAGGAAGUCCUGCACCCCCCAGCCUCUUUGGAGGAAGCCCUGCACCCCCCCCCAGCCUCUUUGGAGGAAGUCCUGCACCCCCCAGCCUCUUUGGAGGAAGUCCUGCACCCCCCAGCCACUUGGGGGAUUGGCCAAGACCGUAGCUGGCAGGACUUCCUCGAGGCGGCGCUUGGCGAGCCCCACUUAACUAAGGGAAGGGCCCCACCCGCCCGCUGUCCGGGGGCCGCUGUUGACCGCCGCGGACCUGCUCCUGCUCGCAGCCCGGGGACGGGUGUGCUCGAAGUGAACCCUGCGGUCCUGACCCCGCGGCCGCGGGCGAGGCAGGGCAGAGCGGAAGCAGAGCGGGCGAGGGCUGCG